AUGGCGACCCCGGGCAUGGGCUGGCAGCAGCCGCAGCACAGCUACGGCGGCGGCUCCGCGCCCGGCGCGGGAAAACUCGGCUCGGGCUCGGCACAGGCGGGGCUGGGCGCCGAGCACAGCCCGGACCUGCACUUCAAAAUGAGCAAGAAGAUCGCCCAGCUGACGAAGGUAAUAUAUGCUUUGAACACUAAAAAUGAUGAACAUGAAGCAGCUAUCCAAGCCCUUAAGGAUGCUCAUGAAGAAGAAAUCCAACAAAUUCUUGCAGAGACCAGAGAAAAGAUCUUGCAGUAUAAAAGUAAAGUGGCAGAAGAAAUGGAUCUCAAGAGAAAGAUUCAAGUUUUGGAAGAGUCAUUGGAAGAUCACAAAAAGAUGAAACAUCAGGCCUUAACAGAAUUUGAAGCAUAUAAAGAUAGAGUUGAAGACAUGCAACUUUGUGCAGAGGCUCAGCAUGUCCAACGUGUAGUGACCAUGUCAAGGGAAGUAGAAGAGAUCAGAAAGAAAUUUGAGGAAAAGCUACGAAGUUUCAUACAGUUGCAAGUACAGUAUGAGAAGGACAAGCGUACAGCUCUGGAAGACUUAAAAGCUGCCCACAGGCUUGAAAUUCAAGAACUUCUGAAGACUCAUCAGAGUCAGAAUGCUACUUUAAGUAAGGGGCAAGAGAAGCUGGAGGAAUUGCAUAGACUGGAGCUGGAAGACUUGAACAAUAAAGUUGAAGAGUUAAGGCUGGAAAGAAAAAAGCUCAUUGAGGACUAUGAAGGCAAACUCAGCAAAGCACAGUCUUUCUAUGAACACGAACUUGACUCUUUGAAAAGAUCUCAGCUUUUUACAGCAGAAAGUCUACAUGCUUGCAAAGAGAAAGAAGUGGAGCUAAGAAAAGAAUUUCAGAACCAGGAAAGUAUGUUACGGAAGAAUCUGGGAAAGCUUAAAACUGAAUUGCAAAUGGUCCAGGACGAAGCUGCCAGCCUACGGGAAAAAUGCCAAAAACUUCAGGUGGCUCUUGGUACUGCAGAAAACAAUGUUCAGGUUCUUCAGAAACAGCUAGAUGAUGUGAAGGAGGAGGAGAUGUCAUUGUUAAGCAAACACAAAGAAGUGGAAAGUGAGCUUGCAGCUGCUAGAGAGCGUUUACAGCAGCAGGCCACUGAUCUUGUUCUCAAAGCCAGUCACAUUGGAAUGCUUCAAGCUACUCAAAUGACUCAAGAAGUUACAAUCAGAGACUUGGAAUCAGAAAAGUCUAGAUUAAAGGAAAAAUUGUCCCAGCUGGAAGAGGAAAGAAAUUUAUUACAAAGCAAAACACAGAGUCUGGAUGAGCGACAAAGGCAGCAAAUUCUGGCAUUGGAGAAGAAAGUAAAUGAAGCACGGGAAACACAACGUGAAUAUUAUGAAAAGGAGCUGGUAAAAUUACAAGCAAGAUUGGAAGGAGAGGCUGCACAGUUAAAGGAGGCUCAUUCCAAGACCUUAGAAGAAUUGGCAUGGAAACACCAUACUGCAAUUGAGGCUGCACACAGUAAUGCUAAUAAGGAUAAGAAGAAACUGCAGAUGGAGUUGGAGCAGCAGUUUGAGAAGGAAAAACUGCAUUUGGAGGAUGAUAAGAAUCAGCUCCGACAGCAGCUGGAAAACAUAAAGGAAGAGCUGACAACAAAGCUGACUUCUGCCAAUCAGGAGGUGUGUCGUCUGCAAGACCUAGUACGAAAAAGUGAGCAAGGCCUUGGGACUGCAGAAGGACACAUCUCCAGUCUUCAAGAAGCUCAGGAAAUUCUCCAGAAAGAACUGGAACUAACCAGAGCAAGACUGCGAGAGACCACAGAUUCACUGUAUAGUGUUGAGGGAGAACUAGAUCAGGAGAGACAACAGCACGAGGCAAUGAUUGCUGCCAUGAGAGAGGAGGAAAAGUUCAAAGUUGACAGAAUGGCACGUGACUUGGAAAUAAAAUGGACAGAAAAUCUUCGGCAAGAAUGUAAUAAGCUUCGUGAAGAACUGAGGCUGCAGCAUGAAGAGGACAAGAAAGCAGCCAUGACUCAGCUGUUGCAGCUGAAGGAACGUGAGAAAAAUGCAGCAAGGGAUGGAUGGCAAAAAAAGGUUGAAGAUCUUUUAGACCAGAUCUCCUUACUGAAGCAGAAUCUGGAGAUGCAGCUUUCCCAGUCACAGAGCUCUUUGCAACAGCUACAAGCCCAGUUCAGUCAGGAGCGACAGAGACUGACUCAGGAGAUCCAGGAAUUGGAAGAAGAGCAUCAGCAAAGGCAUAAGUCACUUCAGGAAGCCCAUAUCCUUGCCUUUCAAAACAUGGAAGAAACAAAAGAGCAAGAGCAAAAGGAAUUAGAAGAACGUUUACAACAGAAGCACUCAGAAGAACUUCAUGCAUUGAAAGAAACACAUAAACAAGCCAUGGAAGGUUUUAAAUUGGAGAUGGAACAGGAACUUCAGACUCUACGAUUUGAGCUUGAGGAUGAAGGAAAAGCUAUGUUAGCUUCUUUGCGCUCAGAGCUCAACCACCAACAUGCAGCAGCAAUUGACCAGCUGAGGCACAACCAUCAACAAGAACUGGUAGCUGCCAAAAUGGAGCUUGAAAGAAGCAUAGAACUCGGCAGGCGACAGGAAAAAGAAUUUUUAUGCCGAAUAUCAGAUCUACAAGAUGACCUGAGACACCGAGACCAUCAUAUAGCUGAACUGGACAAAGAGAUUCUGCAUCUUCACGAAAAUAUAAGUGCAUUGACGAAGGAAUUAGAGUUUAAAGGAAAAGAAAUUCUUAGAAUACACAGUGAAUCCAAUCAACAGAUCAGGAUGCAUGAGCAAGAUUUAAGCAAGAAACAUGAAAAAGAGCUGGAUGUCUUGACAGCAGAUCACAUCAGAGAGAAACAAAGCAUGCUGGCAGAUUUUAAUAAGACCCAAGAACUGCUCAAGGAAAUUAAUUCAGCUUUACAAAUUUCUUUAGAAGAAAUGGAAGAAAAAUAUAAAAACAGAGAAUCAAGACCAGAAGACUUGCAGCUUAUCUCAGAACUGAAAGACCUUAUUGCAGAGCGGGACCAACUCAUAAAGAAAUUGAUUGAGGACAAAAAGUUCUAUCAGCUGGAACUAGUAAACAGGGAGACUAACUACAACAAAAUGCUUAAUGCAAGCCCUAAUGUUGGUGUUAUUAAUCCAUUGGUGAAGCAAAAGAAGAAGAACGAUAAAUCAACAAACAGGUUUGUGAGUGUCCCCAAUCUAAGUGCUCUGGAAUCUAGCGGAGUGGUGGGCAAUGGACAUCCAAACCGCCUGGACCCCAUUCCUAACUCACCCAUCCACGAUAUUGAGUUCAACAGCAGCAAACCACUACCACAGCCAAUGCCACCCAAAGAGCCCAAGACGUUUUUGAGCCCUCCUCAGACUGAUGCCUCACCAGUGGCUUCACCAGACCCACAACGCCAGGAGUGGUUUGCCCGAUACUUUACAUUCUGA